GGUCCUCACAGAGAUCGGGGUGUUGUGAUUGGUCCUCACGCCCUAUCGUCAUCACAACAAGUCAAAGCGAAACUCACACCGAGCUCCGAAUGGAUCCUAAAAGCUGUCCUUGAUUACCUUCUUACAACUCAAGGAACACAAGGAGAGAAGCAUUCUCUGUGUGAUAAGCCAGGCUACGAACCAGCCCGGAACAAGACCUGGGACAGUACGUCGGAGGAGAGAGAAGAGGAGAGGAGAGAGUGAACAAGGAGGAUGGCGGGGUUCCUCGACAACUUCCGCUGGCCGGAGUGCAUCGACUGGGGGGAGAGGCGCAACACUGUGGCCUCCGUGGUCGCAGGAGUUCUGUUCUUUACCGGUUGGUGGGUGAUGAUUGACGCGGCGACCAUCUACACAACACAGGAGCAGAUGAACCACGCCUUCCACACGUGUGGCGUCUUCUCCACCAUCGCUUUCUUCAUGAUCAAUGCUGUGUCUAAUGGCCAGGUGAGGGGCGACACCUACGGAGAGGGCUGCUUCGGGAGGACGGGCGUCCGUCUCUGGCUCUUCAUGGGCUUCAUGGUGAUGUUCGGCUCCCUCAUCGGCGCCAUUUGGAUCCUGUUCGGCGCGUACGUGACACAGGGGAAGGAAGUGGCUCCGGGCCUGGCUGUGUUCUUCCAGAAUGCUUUCAUCUUCUUCAGCACUCUCAUCUUCAAGUUUGGCCGGACAGAAGAUCUGUGGGGUUAGGGUCCUUGCCCCACCCCCCCCCCCCAAUCUUCAUCUACUUUUUUUUUGCUUUAAUUUCAAAUGUUUCUUCACGUUUCUAAUCACGCUGUACGUGCCAGUUUUGAACCCUGAGCUGGACAGUGUUUAUUACAGAUGCCACAUCCUAAGGUCCCUUCAGGGUCCAGCAACAUCAAGGCUACAAUAAGGAACAUGAUUCAGCUUAUGCAUAAAUGCAUUUAUCUGAACAAUUAACUAAUUUUCGCUAUGACAUGGACACUAAAGGCUUAGUUAUGGUUCCACGUCUACUUUUUUUUCUCCGCGCAAGGGGGUUUACGGACCCAUUACGUCCUUGCGGACCCUCCUUGCGUCCGAUGCAGAACCAAAACAGGUUCAGGACCGCGUCGAAUCGUCUGUGUGGUCAUUGCGUUGCGUCGACGUGGAACCUUUACUAAGCCUUUAGGCUAACGUCGCUAUAUGUUAUAUACUGAGCUGUAUGCUGCUUACAUAGAGGAGCGGUGUGGUCCAUCUGGGUUUGGGUCUUUUUGUAAUUUCCUAAAUCUGUAUUCAGUCCACAAACUUAUCACAUUUAGGUGUUAUUUAUUCAGGGGAUCAAUAUGUAUUUAUCUACUUUCUGUCAAACGCACAGCUAGGAUCAUCGAAACUGUUGUUCUAAUUUUGGACCAAGCGUGUUGAUUCUUUGGUGCAAGAGGUUCCUUAAAUGGCCUGGGGUUGUUAAUGGUGAACUUGUCUAUUCAGAAUGCUGUAAUUAGAUGUAGUGUUCAGUAGAUUGUUAAUUGCUAAAGCCAUCAGGGACGGUGCCAUCAUUGUAGACACAAUGCGUAUCACAAAUGCUCCUCUGAUUGGCCAGAGGAUGACAGUUGCCAUAUAGACGUGGAGUAGACGUCCUGUCUGAGGCUGAUCUCAGUGGUCGUCAGUGCAGGACGAGUGUCGAUCCCAACCUACGCUUCAGAGCGUCUCCCCUCGCUACGCGCUCAGCCAUUCGAACACUUUUUUUGUUCCAGCAUCUGCUGCAAACUUUAUGUCGUCUUUCACUGUCCCGCAAUUCACUUCCAAUCACGCUUGUUUUCAUGGCGACUGCAUCACCUGUCCAACCCUUCCUCUCUGGGGAAAUCAGGCCUCUGUCCUCAACACUGGGCCGGUGGUCAUGGAGGCGUCUGUCGGGGAGCUGGAGAUGAACACGGACUGACCUGGAGCUCCCGGCCCUGACUGUUCGCUCCCUGGGGUCCAUCCCACUGCUUGGGAUGGGAAUUACUAAUAUCUAUUAUAAGUGCUGAAGAAUAUGCAUGGAUAAAAGGGAAAAUAAGCAACAGAGGUUCAUGUAUUAGUCCCCACCAGACUAGGAACCAGGUGGUGGUGGUGGAGAGGGCCAGGACUUAACAAUCCAUCCAUGUGACCUUCUAACCCUGGACCUCUGUAUCAAGGCUGUGGUGUGGAACAAUUAGCAAUCAAAGUUUCUUCCAUUUAUUUGCAAUCCUGAUACAUUCACCAUGACCACAGACAUGUCAACAUUAAGGGAUGGCCACGGGCCAGUUUGACCAGUUGACCUAGGCAGUGUUUUGAUGUGCUGCUUCACAUUUGAUACCGGCGAGAUAACAGCUGCUGUUCGGAGUGCUGAGGGUGUGAUGCCGAUCCGAAGGGAAGACCCUGACCCUGACCCUCAUUUUGUAUCCAAACCAAAUUACUUCUGAAUACUUUUAAACCAUUGUGAAUAAAAGUACACAUGCUCUAGUCAGUUAUUUUACUAUCAAGUUUUAUUUAAUAAAUUAUGUAAAUGGAUGUCAUACCAGUGC